AUGCCUCGAUAUGCUCAGAUAGUAAUGGGUCCCGCAGGGAGCGGUAAGAGUACCUACUGCGCUACGAUGAUCCAGCAUUUUGAGUCUUUGAACCGUUCUGUCCAAGUGGUCAAUCUCGACCCUGCUGCUGAACAUUUUGACUAUCCUGUAAUGGCAGACAUUCGUGAACUCAUUCAGGUUGAUGACGUGAUGGAGGAUCCAUCUCUUAGAUUUGGCCCCAAUGGCGGUCUGGUCUUCUGCAUGGAAUACUUUGCCAACAACUUUGACUGGCUGGAAGAAGCCCUGGGUCACGUCGAAGAUGACUACAUCCUGUUUGACUGCCCAGGUCAGAUUGAGCUGUAUACUCACCUACCUAUCAUGAGGCAGCUGGUGGAACAGCUCCAGCAGUGGGAGUUUCGGGUGUGUGGAGUCUUUCUAGUUGAUUCACAGUUCAUGGUGGAAUCUUUUAAGUUCAUUUCAGGAGUCAUGGCGGCCCUGAGUGCCAUGGUGUCAUUGGAGAUUUCCCAAGUAAACAUCAUGACAAAAAUGGAUCUGCUCAGUCCAAAAGCCAAGAAAGAAAUUGAACAGUACCUUGACCCUGAUAUGUACUCAAUGAUGGGAGAUAACUCUGAUGCCAUUAGAAGUAAGACGUUCAAGAAGCUGACCAAAGCUAUUUGUGAACUGAUUGAUGACUACAGUUUGGUGAGAUUUUUGCCUUUCGACCGCACGGACGAGGAAGGUAUCAACAUAGUACUGCAACAUAUUGAUUUCUCUAUACAGUAUGGAGAGGAUUUGGAAGUCAAGGAACCGAAGGAAACUGGAGAAGACCCUGAUGACAUGAAUUAUGAUGAGUUUUUCCAAGGGCAAGUGGAAAGCUGA